AUGUGCGGAGAUGGGGAUAAUGUCUGCGUCAAGGAACGAAACAAGCGUCCCGAGGUUAUCGCUGAGCCGACAGUAAGUAUCCGGCUGUUGAGCAAAGCCAGGGUGCCGGCGAUAGCAAAAGGCAACCUCGGCGUUGAAAAGGCACACUUGGCCGGCCCAAACCGGGCCAGGACCCCCGGCGGUGCUCACGCUGUCCCCAUCUUCCCGGUGAUCCGGAAGUGUGUGCAGAGGCGUUCAUGGCUUUAUGUUGCGGCCCGGAGCUUGGGGGGAAAUGGUCUGACGGCGUUUCGAGGCCCAUUCAUCGGACAUGGGAUGUGGCUGGACCACACUGUGGUAGACACCGGAAUUCCAAAGGCAGCUUCAGGAGGCCGCUUCAGCGCUUGUCUUUGUUCAGAGUGCCGCCGGUUCAAGUCGAAUGGGUGGAAGCAGGCAAGAUCAGGCAACUCGCAGAUGCUCGGUGAGGACAGCGCCAAGCGCCUCUCAAAGCCAUUCGAACCAAGGGGCGGGCAGACCAGACGAUCGAAUGGCGGUGAUGUGACGGAGGGCCCAUUGAUGCCGUCCAAGCUGCAGGUGGAUUGGCCGAUGCGGGAAACCCGAAAGUGA